GCUGCCUACAGAUAUUCAAGCAGAAUCUAUACCUCUCAUUCUUGGUGGAGGUGAUGUUUUGAUGGCUGCUGAAACUGGUAGUGGUAAAACUGGUGCGUUUUGUAUGCCAGUCAUUCAAGUUGUACAUGAAACAUUGCAGGAUAUAAGUGAAGGAAAAGGAAGUAAAGCAAAAAUCACUUUUAAAGCAGAUAGUACUAAAAUUAGAAUGAAUGUCUAUGAUCGUGGAAACGCCAUGGCAAUCGACAAAGAGGGACUGUUAUGUCAAAGUAGAGAAACACAUUCAUGGCAUGGUACAAGAUCAACAAAGGGAGUCAAGGGAAAAG